GUGAAAUAAUGGCAACUAAGCCGAAAAAAGAAGUGCUUUGUGAUUAUUGCGGAAGCAAUAACGAAGCCAAGCACAUUUACUCGGCCCAAAAGUCGUUCGUCAGCCGGAAAGUGUUGGAACUGCUUGAGAUCAUAACUCACAAAAACCUGCCCAAUAAUGUGGGCUUCAAGGUAUGCUUUCUGUGCGCCUCCACGCUGAUGUCCACCGUUGGUGUCAUUGAGAAAACGCAGAAACUGGUGGACGACUGCCUUGUUACUCUUGCCAACAAGAAAAAGAAGCCAGUGGCGAAGGGAAAAGAAGUGGCAGAAGAAGAAGCGAAGGAGGCAGUACAUGUGGUGGAAGAGUCCCACAGUGAUUCGGAAGAGGAAGACAAUCAGCCAGAGGAAGACGAUGACGUGGUUGAUAUUACCGAAGACGGGGAAAAGCCAGAGCCAAAAAUAACUACGCCAAAAAUCACAACUCCUAAAAUCAGUACUCCAAAAAUCACUUCUCCUACCAAAAAGGUAAAUACAACCAUUAGGCAGCGAAGCAAGUCAAUGGCUGCUCUUUCGGUGUCUCAAAUAAAUCACAUAACCCAGAGUCCCAUCGGGGGUUCGCCCAAAAAAGUCCAGCUCAAGCAGACCACUCUCGUGGACACUUCACAGGCUAAGCAAACGCCGAAAAAGCAAGAUUCCCGGCAGGAGGAUAACCUCAUUGAUUCCGUUAAGAUAACGCCCUCCAAGGAGAUUGCACCCAAAAAGAAGGUGUUCCUGCAGCUAUUCGGCUCGAGCAAUGGCGAGCAACUGGAGACCGAGAGCGACACUGACGAGAGUGACACUGAACAGAGUAAGAGAUUGGUUCAGGUUACGCCUCAGGAGUUCGAUUGCAGGAUGUGCGACUUUAAAUCAAAGUUUCCGAAGCUCUUUAAGGAGCACCUGACGAAGGAGCACGGCCAGCAGAGGCCACGAAUCUAUUAUUGUGAUGCCUGUCCCAAGAGCUUUGGUGUUCUGAAGUCACUCAAAGAUCACUUGUCCACCGCUCAUGGAGUGACAUUGGAGAGUGCUGCCGACGCUGCAACCAAAAAACCGAAACCGAAGGAGGAGAAGCCAAAGGAUGCAAAACUAAAGAAGGGAAAAGCUACGGAAGCUAAGUCCAAGCCGGAAAAUGGAAAGGAAACCAAGGAGAACAUACCGGAAGAGGAUUCUGAUGUACCAGUUGAUUUAAAUGCCUCCGAAGUCAAGAAUAAGAUUGUAGAAAAAGUAAUAAACAAUGAUUAUACAUUCGCAGUGAAUGGAUCCAGUGCAUCCACACCCAUGUCUGGUUCCGAUACCCCACAAUUCGCUGAAUUUAAGUGCGACAUUUGCGACAGCGAGUUCACCAGCGCGAAACUAAUGCAGGAACACAUUAAGAAGGCCCAUGGCAUCGAGAAGCCCAAGAUCUUCAAGUGCCAAAUCUGCGGGAGGUCCUUGGCCACCAAGAAGACCCUGGCGCACCACAUUAAAUUGCACCAGGAGGGGGCCGCCGAUACCAAGCGAAAGAUUUUGCAGGAAGAUGAAAAGGAUGCUGAUAAUCUAGACAGUUCCAAGAAGGAGGCUGCAGCUCCAGUUGAGGGCAAUACGGCUGCCAAGACAGACACCACCAAGGAAAGUAAAAAGGAGAAGGCACCGAAGAAAGUUAAAGAGGAUAAGCCCAAAAAUCAAGAGGCACCGAUAGAAGCUCCAAAGGAAACUACCCAACCCGAGGAUACAGAACGGCCUGUAUCUUCAUUCAAAGCCUUGAAUGAGUCGGCAGUCAAGAAGAAGCGUUCCGAGAAAACAGUCACUAAUGAUGAUCCAUUCGCAUUGUCGCCCGUGGUUGGAGGCGAGUCUCCGAAAGUCCCUAAAUUCAAGUGCGAUGUCUGCGAUAGCGUGUUCUCCUCCGUCAAGCUAAUGAAGAAUCACGUUGAGAAGGCCCACGGCAUCGAAAAGCCAAAGAUCUUCAAGUGCCAUAUCUGCCAGAAGUCCCUGGCCACCAAGCAGACACUCACGUACCACAUUAAGACUCUCCACGAGGAGGAGGCGAAGGAAAAUGUGGAGAAAGAUGAGGAGGAUUUGGAUAAUGUAGACAGCCCCGUGGCGGUGGCCGAGCCGAAGAGGAAGAAGGCUGUUAAGAAGAGUCUUCCCAGGGAAGAAGGUGAGACUGCCACAACCGCUGAAGCUAAGCCCCAAGAGGUUGAAACUUUAAUGGCUGCUCCCAAGUCGCCCGUCAAGAAGGUCAAGAAGGACAAGAAGCAAGCGAACAACUCCCAAGAUGACUCGCUGCCUUCCGUCUCUUUGGAUGGGGACAAGCUCAACAAAUCCGGGAAACGCAAGCUUAAGGUCAACCAAUCGGUGGACCAAGAUGGGCCAGCCAGCUCCAACAAUGAUUCCACGAUGGAGGAAUCUGUUUCCUCGCAGCAGCUGCUGAACGAAGUCAACACCAACGUCCGGCCGCACAAAAAGGCCAGACUGGAUUCCAUAAUUUCGAUUGGGGAAGAGAGCAACCUGGACAGCACCACCGACGAGACCACCGACUUCAACUGCAACCAGUGCGGCAAGACCGUGACCUCGCGCAAGCGUCUGGACUCUCAUAUCCAGAAGAAACACGGCGUGAAGCUCCAGUGUCCGUUGUGCAAGGACAGCCACCGCCUACAGUUGGACUAUGUGGCGCACUUUGCCGACUGCAGUGCUCUCGAUGGUCUGCCCUGCGGUGUUCCAAUGUGCAAGAAGGUCUUCGCCGAUGCCAACUACCUGAGCACCCACCUCCGGAAGCGCCAUCAGUGGUCUUAGAAUUGUUACAUUUAUAUUUUUGUUUUUAAACUUUUCAUCACUUUUUGACCAUCUUUUGUUAAGUUAGGUUGUAGACCUUAAUCAUAAUUUUAUGUAUCAUCCGGGUACAUUGCUUUAAAUUUUUUAAAUAUUUUUUUAAACAAAUAAGAAAUGGAAAGGUCCCUCUUCACUCCAUGAAAGUAAAAAAAUGUACGCAAGAAGUUACAUUAACUUGAAACCUCACGAGGAGUUGUGCAAAGAAAAAGAGAGUGUUUUACUUUAAAAGAAUACAAAAUAGUACCUUAAGUACCUUAAGAGUUGUAACUGAUAAUAAAGACUGUCAAUUGACUCCAAUUCUUUCUAAUA